AUGGAUGUAGAUUUGGUUCCGGCAAAUUUGAUCGCUGAAGGUCGAAGAAUGCGAGAAAUAAAGUGUUCAUGCUUAAAAAAUGAUACAAUAACAACCAGAGCUGAAGAACAUUUACGAGUGCUUUUUCGAGUGAACUCAGCACGACUGAUAACUCCAUUGCAAACAAUUGCCUUCCAUGCCAAUGAAGAAAUAAGUUAUCUUCUUCUUCGGGCUCGUUGGAGAAUAUAUGAAGGAGUACGAACAAGAUUCUCGCGUCUUUUAGCUCAACCAGCAGUACCGAAGUCUAUUGACAGAUUAAUUGACCGUAUAAAAAGUCAGAUAUUUGAUGACUCUGAGUUAACUUCCGAUGAAGUAGAAGAGGAUAUGGGAAGCGCUGUACAAGACUUCUUCACCCAUAUACUUCCAUCACUAUUUCUUUGCCUUUCAACAGGACCCUGUCGAACCGUGAAGCAAUCGUAUAUCAGCUGUUUACGAAAUAACACACCAAAUCUUGUUCAACUUUACGAAGAACGACCACAUCAGCUUUCAUUACCAAAACUGCUUCAAAUUUGGGUGGUUAAAUAUCGGCUUAUCAAAAGUACCAUUCAGAAGUUACAUCGAAUUGUGGUUGAAUCUGAAAGCUUAGAAAAAUCAUGCGCAACAAAUUUCGGAACUGUUGCAUUCUGCGGUCCAGAAUGCUCACAACAAGAAACCGGCCACAUCGUCGGAUAUUGCAGAAAUUCCUGUCAGAAUGCUGUAAAUAAAUGCUUGCAAAUCGAUAUAGAAGAGUGGGACACAUUUAUCUCGAUUUUAAGCAAGCUAAUGGAUGACUUUGACAAAGGUUUCGAGGAGUUGGAGAAGGAAAUCAUUCGUUCGAUCGCAUAUAUUAUGGAAGUUCAAUCACUAGUUCUUGCAAAAGCAAUGUACCUCAGAUGCGGGAUGCUAAAUUUUCAAAACAAAAAGGUAUAUGGCAGAGGCUGGGGCGAAAUGUUUGCACUGGUUUCUCGGUAUCUAACAGAUGUUGGAACGGUUCUGGAAUUGUAG